AGUGCACACGCGUUUCGCAGUUCCGCGGCAAGAAUGUCAUCUUUCUUUAUCAGAGCGAUCUAAAAAUAUAUAAAAUUCGGUCGGAAUCUGGAUCAAUUUUUGUCACAAUGAAAAGUGUGCGAACCUAUUAAUGGUUCUUCUAUCAAAAAUCAUUUAAAAAAUAUUGCAAACAUCUUCAUUUUUUGAAUAAAUUCACGUUUACGGACUGGAACGAUGAAGUUUUGCAAAAUAUUUAACCACCGACUGUUGUUGGCAGUGUGCAACCUUUUGUUUAUGACAUGCGGGAUCGGAUUGCUUGCAGUUGGAUUUUACGUGCUUUGUGACGGGCCACGCGUACUUUUAUCUCGUCUCAUCAUCUCUUCGUUAGACAAUAGUCCUCUCACGAAUUUAUCGCAACCCUUUUUCUUCUAUGUCGCGUUGGGAAUUAUCGUUGCCGGACUAAUUGCGAGUAUCGCAGCUGCUUUGGGAGUUUGGGCUUCAUGCAUUAAUCGAUAUUGCAUUCUAAGUCUCUAUUUUCUCAUCGUCAUCAUCUUACUCUUCUUCGAGUUCGCCAUUUGUCUCAUUAUUACAAUGUGGCCUCAAUGUUUAGGUCUCACGCUAAACACAACUGCCAUGGUGAAGACACUUCAGGGUUAUUACGGGAUUCCCGGAGAGGAACAAUUUACAGCUGCCAUCGAUCUCGCUCAAGUAAAAUUCCAGUGUUGUGGCAUCAAUACGAGCAUCAAUUACGACACCUCGAUGUGGAAGCUGCAAGAAGGCUUAGGGAAGAAAGAACUCACUGUUCCACUCACAUGUUGCCAUCUCUCGAAUAAAGAUGACCGCGAUGCAUAUUUAGAUCCAAAGCCCGUUAACACCACGUUGUGUCAGGCAUUGCAACUACACGAUUAUGAAAAGCAUCGUUAUGUUGAUAGUUGCGUUGAUAAAAUCGAGCAAUGGUAUCGUGAGCAAUACAUUUAUUUCCUAGGUGCGGGAGUUUUGAUUGCUCUAGUGGAGUUUUCGGUGUUGCUCAGCAUAAUUCUUAGUUGUACGAGAAUUUACAAAAAGAAGCCAAAAAGGAAGACGUUGGAGGAGAUUGAAGUUCAUCGUGAACCAAUUACGAAUAUUUAUCAUGAUGGAUUUCCGCCAACGUUGCCAGAGAUAAGAGAGGUGUUUGUUCAGCCUCCGCCAGCGCAUCACAGUAGUAAGCAUCGGAAGCAGCAACAUGUACAAAGCUUUAAGCCCAGUCACAAUGGGCACAGCAAUGGUGUCAAUAAUUAUAGCGUUAAUCGAAGUUAUUUAGUGUAGAAGCUCAACCAAAGUAUUUUUUAUCUCUCUCAAGUUAAGGUCCUUAGUUUAAAGAAUAAAUUUUGGUAAAAUCUGAAUUUUUUAACGAUUU